AUGCAAUACGAACAAGGAAGUGAAAAAGUGGAUAUGAUCAAUACUCCUUAUAUACCUGUAUCCAGACCAUUGUUAUUGAAUGAAGAUCCUGAAAUACGACGAACUCGUAAAAUUCUUAUAAUUAUACUUGGCGUGUGUCUUGCUCUUUCUGUGGUUGGUAUGAUUAAUGCCGUUUCUGGAAGUGAAGUUAGACAUGGCAUGCAAGACGGACGACGUGGUGUGGAAAUGGGUCAAUCUGUUAUUGCAAUUCUUUUCUAUAGCUUUGGAAUAUUCGUUGCUCAUCGAUAUUAUCAAACAGGUUUACGAGUGUUUGCUUGGCUGGGUAUUAUUGAAUUGGUUAUAUUUUCUAUUAUAAUUAUUGUUAUCAUCUGUUUUGCUAUCACAGCUACAGCUGCUGCAAACAUAACUGAUGAUGAUAUGAACAAGAGUAUUUUGAUUGGUGCAUCAGUAGCUAUCUUCUUCGUUAUUAUUAUUUGUAUUGCUUGUUUGAUUCUUACAAUAAUCAUUGUAAAAUUUGCCUUCAAAUUAGCAAGACUUAUUGAUGCAAAAAGAUCUUUAACCAUUCAACAAAUUUAA